GGGCGAUUUGUGAUACUUUUUUGUUUUGCUGCAAGAAAAACAUAACGAUUGUUGUAGCUAGUAAAUGCCACUUUUUGGUAAGAUAGAUAUUAAUGGUCUAGAAAUUGUUGUAGUAUUUUUUUUUUUUAGGAAGAGGGGAACAUAUUAAAGAUUUAUCUUCCCGAUUUAUUUAUUUGUAGCUAGCUGGCUAUUCAGUUGCCGUUUACUAGCUAGCUUAGCUAGCUAGCCGUUUAGGAAACGUUAGAUCGAUCGCCUAUGCUUGGUUGCCCUUUCGCCAGUAAAAAGGACGAUUUUAAAAUGAAAGGAAAGCUUAGCUAACUGAAUGACAAACAGUGUAUCUGCAAAUUCAUCUAGCAAUUGUAUCAGCAUAAUCCCAGGGUGGGUGGCUUUUGACCUAGAGGGCACGGUCUUGCUAUGGACAGCUAAGAAGAGAUUGGUUGGAUGUGAUGGUCAUGUAACGAUGUCUUGUAAAUCCACCAAAGUCGCACCAAGUGUUGAUUUCGACCAUAGCUGCUCGGACAGUGUGGAAUAUUUGACACUUAAUUUUGGCCCAUUCGAGACUGUCCAUCGCUGGAGAAGGCUCCCACCGUGUGAUGAGUUUGUCGGUGCCAGGUGAGUUGACAGCUGAUGUCAUCACACAUUUAUUUGUAGCUAGUGCGGUGCUGACGACAAUGUUGUUAGGUUAUUCCUUGUGAUUGCUGGUGUGACCAUUGUGAUAGUUGCAUAUGUAAAAACUAUUUUCAAUUCUGCAGACGCAGCAAGCACACCGUUGUGGCAUACAGGGAUGCCAUAUAUGUAUUCGGGGGAGAUAAUGGGUAAGAAAUGUUUGAGUCACAUAUUCAUGACCCUUGUCAUGGUUGCAUUGCAGUGUAGGGGUCGAGUGGAAAUCAUCAGUGAUCUAACUAAGCCCCUAUUAACUUCUGACAGGAAAAACAUGCUGAAUGACUUGUUGCGCUUCGAUGUGAAAGACUGCUCAUGGUGCCGGUAAGAAUCACCUAUAUCAAUUCCUUAAAUAUACAGCCUUCAGAAAGUAUACACACCCCUUUACUUUUUUCACAUUUUGUUGUGUUACAGCCUGAAUUUAAAAUGGAUUAAAUUGAGAUUUCUUUGUCAAACGCCUACACACAAUGUAUGCACGCACGAAUGUAAGUCGUUCUGGAUAAAAGCGUCUGGGGAGUUUUUCAGGACUUAAAGGAAACGGAAUGGAGCUAAGCACAGGCAAAAUCCUAGAGGAAAACCUGGUUCAGUUUGCUUUCCACCAAACACUGGGAGAUGAAUUCACCUUUCAGCAGGACAAUAAUCUAAAACACAAGUCCAAAUAUACACUGGAGUUGCUUACCAAGAAGACAGUGAAUGUGGCUGAGUAACAGUUUUGACUUAAAUCUAGUUGAAAAUCUAUGGCAAGAUGUGAAAAUGGUUGUAUAGCAAUGAUCAACAACACAUUUGACAGUAUAAUAAUAAUGGGCAAAUGUUGCACAAUCCAGGUGUAGAAAGCUCUUAUAGACUUACCCGGAAAGACUCACAGCUGUAAUCACUGCCAAUGGUGCUGCUACAAAGUAUUGACUCAGGGAUGUGAAUACUUAUGUAAAUUAGAUUUCUCUAUUUCAUUUUCAAUAAAUGUGCAAACAUUUCUAAAAACAUGUUUUGACUUUGACGUUGUGGUUUAUUGUGUGUAGAUGGGUGAGGGGGAAAAAAUAUAUUGAAUUCAGGCUGUAACACAACAACAUGUGGAAUAAGUCAAGGGGUAUGAAUACUUUCUGAAGGGACUGUACAUGACACUGGCAAUACUGUUCUAUAAGCUCCAUCAUAUUUGAACUGAGGGCUGACACACUGAAUGUGUUCCAGAGCCUUCACCACCGGCACACCACCUGCACCCAGGUAUCACCAUUCUGCCGUGGUGUAUGGCAGCAGCAUGUUUGUGUUUGGUGAGUUUUUCUUCAAUGCCUCCCAGUUUGUGUUCAUCUAACUUUACAUGUGGUCCAUAAUAGCCUUAAUCUUGUAUUUUAACUUUUCAGGGGGCUACACUGGCGAUAUCUACUCAAACUCCAAUCUGAAAAACAAAAAUGACCUUUUUGAGUACAAGUUUGCAACAGGACAGUGGACGGAGUGGAAAGUGGAGGGCAGGUAAUUUAUGAUAUAGGGAAGUACAAUAUAUACAUGUGCUUACCAAAAGAUGUCACCUCUUCCACAUUAGUCCAUCAUAUUGCUUCAAGCAGUGGUGUAAUAAUGUCUUUGUUUAUAUUUCAGUUUGCCUGUGGCCAGGUCAGCACAUGGUGCCACAGUGUACAGUGAUAAGCUAUGGAUAUUUGCUGGCUACGAUGGAAAUGCCAGGUAGGUUUGUUUGACGAUUGUGUCAUAUUUAUUGACAAUGUCUUGCUGUUUAAGCAAAAAGCUAACUGAUUUCAUGGUUUUCCCUACCUGCAGGUUAAAUGACAUGUGGACCAUCAGUCUUCAGGACCGAGAGCAUGCCUGUUGGGAGGAGGUUAUUAUGCAGAACCUUAAUCUUCAAGCACACUCAAGUUUAUACAAACGCAACCAACCGCAUAUACUGCAUAUACAUGGCAAAAAAACAAAAAAUGCAUAGGAAAGCAAAUGCUGAUGUCAUUUCUGUGUUUGUGGGGGCUCAGAUUGAACAGAGCGGUGAGAUCCCUCCCUCCUGCUGCAACUUCCCUGUAGCCGUGUGCAGGGACAAGAUGUUUGUGUUCUCCGGCCAGAGUGGAGCUAAGAUCACCAACAACCUCUUCCAGUUUGAGUUCAAGGGCCACAUGUGAGUAAGCCAGAGCAUACCAAGUAAGCCAGAGCAGACUGAACGUUAAUAUAGCCAUUCUGAACGAGUAGACACAAAAUAGAGGUAUUUAGUGACACUAUGAAGGGAGUGCUUGUGCUGAUGAUGUCCGAGGGUCAGCUGACCGAGAUUCUGUCUUGUCGAUCCUCCUGUCACGCCCAGGUGGACGCGCAUCCCGACCGAACACCUGCUGCGGGGCUCCCCCCCGCCCCCCCAGAGGCGCUAUGGCCACACCAUGGUUGCCUUCGACCGCCACCUGUACGUGUUUGGAGGCGCGGCCGACAACACGCUCCCCAAUGAGCUGCACUCCUACGACGUGGACUCCCAGACCUGGGAGGUGAUCCAGCCCAGCCUGGACAGUGAGGUAUGUGCUCAGGGGGUGUCCACUGGUCACUGAGUAGGGACCCUAGUUAUUAGUACUGAUAAGUCUUAAUCCCAAAUCCACUCCUAGCCCCUACCCCUGUGCAGUUGUAGAGAAUGUGAUUGGUGGAAGCAAUUUGGUAAUAGGGGCUAGGUGGAAUUUUCUCCAUAUUGCUUAAAGCUAUCAAAUAAUCUCAGAUGUCCAGAUGUGCCUAGGGUGGAAGGGCUUAGGGGUUGGAAUGUAUUCUCUAUACCCCAAAAGAAGUGAAAACGUGGCAUGUUUGCAUUGUCGGGUGCAUUGUCAUAUUUUUGGGCUUAGCCUUAAUUUGAUGUCAGAGGUACCCAUGUGUCUGUAUUGAUCAGGCUGCCAAUACUACAGAACAUUUAGAGAGAUUAGUUGCAUAGCAAGCAUGAAAAAAGACGGCAACUUUAAUAGGCUGUGACACUGUGGGAGUGUAUCAGAGUUACGGGAAUAACUUCAGAUUCUUAAUUUCAUCCAGCACCUUAAAGGAAAACUCCACCCCAAAACAAUAUUUUGGUAUUUGUUUCAUUAGUCCAUUGUUGAUAUAGUCCCAAAAUGUUUUGCAUGUCAGCAAUCAAGUUUUCAAGAUAUAUAAUUUUCUACAUACAGAAAUACAGCCUGUAUCAUGCAUUUUGCAUCAUAUGAUGCAAAACGCAACAUCAUAUUGUGCAAAAUGCAUCAUACUGGUAGUAUUUCUCUAUAUUAAAAGUUAUAUAUCUUGAAAACGUGAUUGCUGACACACAAAACAUUUUGGGACCAAUGAAACAUAUACCAAAAUAACGUUUUUGGGUGGAGUUUUCCUUUAAGAUAUGUGCAUAUUUUUGCAUAGGAACCAUGACAUUUGUGCCAAUGUUUUACGUUUUGAAGUACCACUGCUCUCUACCUUUUCCAGGAUCCCCUUGGAAACGAGAUGACCUCAUCUCAAGGGUCAAUCCUGGUAAAAUACCUUUAAUCAAGUAGAAAAUGUAUCUUUUGAAAUGUCUCUUUGCUCUCUCUCGUCUUUUAAGCUGCCCCCGCCGUAGCUUUUCUUCUACAUACAGUUACAACUCCAAACAAACACAAAAAACAACCGCUGUUUGAUUUAAGCCAAUCUGGGUGGUUCUUCUUCUCCUUCUCCUCCUCGCACAGACCCUCCCUUCUGAGUACACAGAAACAGAAACAAACAAGCUCCAGAGGAAAUGAAAAAUAAGCUGCAGCUUUAAGAACAUCAUUGUGUAUAUAGUCAGAAUGUAAUAGCUCAACAAGCCACAGGUUAAGCAUGCGCAUAAUUGGGGAGCAAAACAACCAAGUAUGGCCAAAGACCCCAUAGACGAAUGGAUUGUCCAGCUUGGAUCUUCCUUUGCCUAUAGACCUGUGCCUAUGCGGUAUGCGGCACUAACUGCUGGGUCCUAUUCAUUAGGGCACAUAGUCACAAAAUUCUGGUCAGGUAGUCCCGCCUUGUUUCAGUUGGUUUUCUUCUGUUUGGUGCCUAAUGAACACAACCUAGGGGAUUUCUAAAACAAAGCUGAGGAGGAAAAAGCCAUUGCAUCUCUUGCCUCUUGUAUCACAAAUGCUGACCUCAUCCGUUUGGCUCUCUUUCUUGUCAUUUUGAAGGGAUCUCCAGCUAAACCCAUGGGGGUGUCUCGUUUCUCCAUGGUGUCCUAAUCACUCCCUCUUUCUCUCCCAUCCUCUCUCUCCCUCCCUCUCUAGAUGCCUAGUGGAAGACUGUUCCAUGCGGCCGCUGUGAUCCAGGAUGCCAUGUACAUCUUUGGGGGAACGGUGGACAAUAAUGUGCGCAGCGGGGAGAUGUACAGAUUUCAGGUGGGCGUCUGUGCGAGUUGAAAAGCAUUUAAGGUCAAAACACACAAUGAACUACCCUACGUGUCACUAUGUUGCUCAGCAUGAUGGGUACAAUCAAAGUAUUGAUUGAAGAAAAUGAAAUAGGCUAAAGUAGGAGUAUUUAGUCACUCACUACCCAUAUUAAUGCUUAUGAACUUUUGUUUUUCUUUUCCGUCAGUUUUCUUGCUACCCAAAGUGCACGCUCCACGAGGACUACGGCAAGCUGUUUGAGAACCGUCAGUUCUGCGAUGUGGAGUUCAUCCUGGGAGAGGUGGGUCCUCCUAGCUGUCAUCAGACUUAGCUGAGAUUUCUUCAAUAGGCACCAAAUGGAGAAAAGAACAGACUGGAACAGGGACUUGUCUAAUAAACAUUUUAGUCUUCCUUUGCUAAACGUUUUAAAAUGUUUCCUGUUGCAUGCUCUAAUGAACACGACCCUGCCUCAUAGAGGAUGAAGGUGGAUCAGCUGCCUUUUAAGUGAUCGUCCAGCUUUCUGGUUCCCUCUCUCGCUUUCUUCCUCUUUUUAUUUUUCUCUCCAUCUCUUUCUCCCUCCCUUUUCUUUCUGAGUGCAGAGGGAGGAGAGAGUCCUGGGUCAUAUUGCCAUUGUGACUGCAAGAUGCCAGUGGCUGAGAAAGAAGAUCCUGCAGGCCCGGGAUAGACAGAGACAGGUCAGUGGAGAGAGCUUGGGUCCUCUUCCCAACCUCAUUAUGCUUUAGUCGUCAGUCGCCCAUGUAUAAUAACAAUAACAUGGUCAAGCAGACACACACUUACAGAACUGUCAACGUUAUUUAGUAUAAUGUGGUCCAUGCAGGAAUCGAACCCACAUUGCUGGUGUUGCCAGCACCAUGCCCCUAACCCACUGAGCCAAUGGGAUGACCAUUUCCUAAUUAAUUGAAUGUAACACGUAUGGGGCUGAUUUCCCAGACUCAGAUUGAGCCUAGCUAAAAAUCCCUUUCAAUGGAGGUUCUCCAUGGAGAAUGCUUUUUAGACCAGGACUAGGCUUAAUAUGUCUGGGAAACUGGCCCAUGAAGUAGUGACUGGUAGUAAGUGUCCUAUUUCUGUGUGCAGAGGAUUAAACAACAGGAGAACAGUGAGGAGGGGGGCGAGGACGGGGCGGGGACCGGAGGUCCCAGGGAUAUCCCAGGGGGCACCAGGGCGUCAGGGAACCAGCCCAUGCUGGAGGUGCACAUCAGAGAGGCCGAGGCCCAGCCCUUCGAGGUGUUGAUGCAGUUCCUGUACACAGACAAGAUCCAGUACCCGCGCAGAGGUCAGAGUUCACCCACCACUUCCUCAUACCUAUUCAUAACUGCUGAGUUCCAAAUCGACCCUUAGCGCCCAAGGCACCCCUAUCAGAAGGCAAGAUGGAGAAAUGACCAUAUUGCUUGAGCCCAGCCACUCCUCUAAGGUCAACAGGAGUGCACAGGGGGUAAGAGCUAGGGGGUUGAUUUGUGAUUAGGCAAACAUUUACCCUCACACAUACUGCAUAUGAAACCUCUUCAAAAGAGCACAGAAAUUGUACUUGUCCUUUUUUGGACGCAAACUUGCACUUGUCUUUCUAGCACUUAUUUAGCAGAUAGUGGCUAUUUUUAAGAUCCUCUGCAAAUUUACUAAAAUGUCAAUGUUUUCUUGCACUCUCCUCAGGUCACGUCCAGGAUGUUCUGCUCAUCAUGGAUGUCUACAAGCUGGCGCUGAGCUUCAAGCUAUCGCGGCUGGAGCAGCUGUGUGUGCAGUACAUCGAGGCGUCGGUGGACCUCCAGAACGUUCUGAGCGUGUGCGAACAAGCCAACAAGCUACAGCUGGAUCAGCUCAAGGUAGGGCGACUCAAAAGAGGGUUUUGCUAAUACCAGGUUUUAAAAUCAAGCAUUAGCAAAAAAAUAUUCUGUCAAUAAUCUAUCGUUCACACAACAUGUUCUUCUGUCCCACUGUAGGAGCACUGUCUUAACUUUGUGGUGAAGGAGACUCACUUUAACCAGGUGAUCAUGACCAAGGAGUUUGAGCACCUGUCCACCCCUCUGAUCGUGGAGAUAGUCCGGCGGAAGCAGCAGCCUCCCCCCAGGGUGUACUCGGAUCAGCCCGUGGACAUAGGCACCUCCCUGGUGCAGGACAUGAAGGCCUACUUGGAGGGCGGCGGCCUGGACUUCUGUGACAUCGUCCUGCUGUUGGACGGACACCCGCGGCCCGCCCAUAAAGCUAUACUAGCUGCCCGCUCAAGGUACUGUUACUGUAUGGGGCUGUGCUCAGUGGGGAGAAACAGAUGUGCUACCUGAACUGUGUUUUCCCCCCCCAUUGCAAAAACUUUAAUGUUGCGGUAACAUCUCGUGCCCUACUGAACACGACCCAGGUCUAUUUAAAUCACACAUGUGGACUCCCACAACCUCUUGGUCAGAAAUGUGGUUGAUGACUCGUGUGCAUCCGUUUGUAUGUGUGCAGACUUGAUGUGUCUUUUUUUUCUCUGGACAGCUACUUUGAGGCGAUGUUCCGUUCCUUCAUGCCCGAGGAUGGCCAGGUGAACAUCUCUAUCGGUGAGAUGGUGCCCAGCAAGCAGGCCUUUGAGUCCAUGCUCCGCUACAUCUACUAUGGCGACGUUAACAUGCCUCCAGAAGACUCUCUGUAUCCUCCCCACUCGGCCCAUACGUGGCUAGCAUCUUCCACAUUCAUUUGUAAUCGUGUCCAAUACUAUGGGGAGCCAUUUCUAAAAUGCUACAUGCAUAUUGUGUCGUUAAAGUGGCAACACUAUCACGUGGAAAUACUGAUUUUUGUGUGCAAUGAAUGAGUGACGCCCUUGACUCUUGAUAACAGCUACCUGUUCGCAGCACCAUAUUACUAUGGUUUCUCCAACAACAGGCUACAGGCCUACUGCAAGCAGAACCUGGAGAUGAAUGUGACGGUGGAGAACGUCCUCCAGGUAUUCUGCACCCACCGUUAAUCCCUGCUCACGUGUUGUAAUCUAGCCUGUAGUUGUAUCCUGUUAGUGUGUAUGCAGCAUUCAUCCUCCUUCAGUUCCAUGUCCCUCAUUUGGUCCUUCCUUUCAGAUCCUAGAGGCGGCGGACAAGACCCAGGCCUGGGACAUGAAGAAGCACUGCCUGCACAUCAUCGUCCACCAGUUCAUCAAGGUGGGUGGGCUACUGGUGUCCGGAGCCCUGGGGGGGUGUUGCCCCCCACUCCACAGCUAAACUAAGCCCCUGAGGGGAAACUCUGUGGGGAAUCCCCCCGUCCCCAAAUGGAUUACCCCAGUCUUUCUCUCUACACAGUUGUUAGAGAAGAGACAGUUUACAGCCAAGCACCUUAUCCUUCACUCUUGUCGGCUCUCCUCACAGUGCCAUUCGGGAUGAUCUUUUGUCUUAACUAACCAAGCAAAAUACUACGUUCCUCUUUUUUUACGCCAGGGGUCUCAAACUUGCCUCCCUCGGGCCAGAUGCGGCCCGCAUGCCGAUUUCAUGCGGCCCGCAGUUGUCUUGGUAAUGUCUUACUCGUCAGGGUUUUCAGUUUUGCAAUUCUCUGUUUUGAUCCGCUAAUUUUUUUCACUCCCUCUUUGGCUUUGCUCGACAACUUUGCUCUUCCUGAGUCUUUGUUUGAUCAUGACAUUUUUUUUUAUUUGUUGCUUCUUUCCUCCCUCCCCCUCCCUCCCCCUCCCUCCCUCCCUCCCCCUCCCCUCCCUCCCUCCUGAAGGUGUCCAAGCUCCCCAACCUGAGGUCCCUCAGCCAGCUGCUGCUGCUGGACAUCAUCGAGUCCCUUGCCUCACAUAUAUCAGACAAGCAGUGUGCAGAGAUGGGCUCCGACAUCUAGGACCAGGCUGCUCACUUCUCGCUACCGAAGCCCUCCGUGUCUGCUCCCUCCCUCUUUAGUCAUUCCCUUACACCAGUGGAGGCUGGUGAAAGGAGAAAUGGGGAGGACGGACUCUCCUGCCCUCCCCAUUUCUCCUUCCACUAGCAGCCACUGCUAUGUAAGUGGGCCUUACAUAGCAUUUCUUCAACCUUGUCCUAAAUGUCAAUUUGUAUCUAUGCUGAGUUACCUUGUAUCAGCUCUCUUAUUGGAUCAUGUUUAAAUGAGCUGCGAGAGGAAUACUGAACAUUGGAAGAUUAUCACCUGAAUGUGUACGUCUGGGCCAGGCUUGAGAAUGCUGAUCUUCACGAUUGCGCUAGCAUGAAGUAACCUUCCCUUCAUCCUUGUUCAGUUAGCCUGAUUUAAGUUAGCCUGAUUUCAGUUAGCCUGAUUUCAGUUAGCAUGGUUUAUAAGUACCCUUUUCAUCUACUUAUUUCCUCAUAUAUUCAUCUUCUAAUUUCAGAAAUAGUGUGUAAAAAGAAAAAAGUUGAAUUCUCCUGCAUAGUAAGAGUAUAUACCACAGGAGUUUGGUGGCACCUUAAUUGGGGAG